GAGACGGCCUUCUGCUUCUCACUUCCCCCCCUCGCUCGCCGCCGAACCUACGCACCCGAACCUGUGCGGCCUUUGUCCCGUGAAGCUGCGGAGUCGUCCGCUGGCGGCUCGGUGAAGCGCGGCGGCUUCUGCGCCCGGGGGCAAAUUGAUGCGGACUCUGCCGGAUGUGCUGAGCGGCGACUGCGCCCUUCUAGGAGGUCGCCGCUGUGGAGGGCCCUCGGUUGCCGCCUGCUUCCCCGCGUGGCCUGGGCAUGAGCUGCACUCGGUUUGCUCCAGAGGCCUCUCCUCAAGCAGCCGCGCGUCCGCCUUCUUCUUGCCAGUGCCGGAGGGCCUCGUUCCGGGCGUCGGGGCGAAGAAGGCCCCCGGCAUCGACGACGACCCUCAGCCAGAGUGGCCGAACCCGUUCUUCAGAGGCCACAACCGAAGCCUGAUGGCCAAAAGUAUCGACAACGUGUUUGGCUUCCUCGACACCGAGGAUGAGGAGCCGUGGCGCGCCGGGCCCGCGGACCUGGGCGAGUUCUCGCGGAUGGUCCGCAGG